GUAGGGAGAAUCUAAAUCACUUAAAAAUAAAUAUACAAUCAAUGAAUAUGAGUACAAAUAAUCCAUUGAAAAUUGUACCAUUCACCAAUGAAGAGCGGGAAGAAUACAAGAAACUUUUUACCAUUGAUGACGACGAGCACAUCCACGUGGGUCCGUCUCGGUACUCAAUGACGGCGACUUACGCGGAGCAUGCGGCGAACAUUUACAACAUGCCCUUACGUAGUGAUGACAUCGUUGUCGCCUCGUUUCCGCGGUCAGGAACCACAUGGACUCAGGAGCUGGUGUGGCUUAUAGUCAACGAUUUAGACUACAGACAAGCAAAGGCAAUACCGCUAAUGGCCAGAUACCCGUUUCUAGAAUUGUGCAUGCUCUACAAGAAAGAGACAAUUGAAAAAUUAAUGAAAUGGAAUGCAGGCAAACCAGGCGGUCCCCAAAUGGUGGAAAAACUGUCUGCACCUGGUUACGAGGUCCUGGCUAAUACGAUGUCUCCCCGUUUCAUCAAGACCCAUUUGCCUGUCUCCCUGUUGCCUCUUACUCUGCUGGAUACGUGCAAGACAGUGUACGUCGCCAGGGACCCCCGUGAUGUCGCAGUUUCAAACUACCAUUUCAAUAAGGACAACGCUUUGUACGGUUUGACAGCUCCCUUUAAGGACUACUUUGAACUCUUUAAGAAAGAUCUAUUGGUGUGGAGUCCGUAUUUCGAGCACGUAAAGGAGGCAUGGGGGCUGCGGCAUCAUCCCAACAUGCUGUUUCUUUUCUACGAGAAUCUGUCCAAGGAUCUAAAGGGCACGGCGCGUCGCGUAGCCAAGUUUUUCGGCAAAAGUUACAGCGAGGAGCAGCUGGACCAGCUGUGCGAGUUCUUGCGCUUCGAUAACUUCAAGAAACAUGAUUCUGCAGACGUGAAGUAUUUUCGCGAUGUCGGUAUUUUCGAUCCGCAAGAGCAGAAUUUCAUCAGGAAAGGCAAGUCAGGCGGUUGGCGCGAGUACUUUGAUGAAGAACUCGCGGCCCAAGCCCAGCGUUGGACAGACGAGAACCUAUGGAACACCGAUUUACGCUUCCCAUCAGUUUAAACAUUCUUAGUGCCGAUUAAAUAAUUCAAUUCAGUGAAAUUAAGUGAAAUUGAAAUUAACAUUUAUUGUACAUGUUAUCGUAUUCUUUGGAUAAUUUUAAACAUUAAAAAAAGCAAGUGUGCAUUUGACCUCCAUCUCACCUGGUGGAAAGUUACUAUGAGGUCGACGAUGUA